UUAUGCUGUCUCCGGGUGUAGUAGUAUUGCUACACACGAGCUAAGAUGUGUGCUGUAGGUGUGGCAAACGGAGGGGAACGACGUAUGGACCCCCCAGAGGAAACCAUGACCGAGGGUGCUUGUGCAUGGGCAUGUUUUGCUCCACGUCUCUGUCAGCGGUUCCGAACUCCACGAUGGUUGUUGUUCGGACUGUGCUGCGCUAGUUUCAUACAGAUGAUGGCUAUUAGUGGAUUUGUGAACGUCAUUAUAUCCUCCAUUGAGAGACGUUAUGACCUGACCAGUGCAGAGUCCGGACUAGUGGCCAGUUCUUACGACAUCUCCUCCGCAAUUCUGCUUCUCCCUGUCAGCUAUUUUGGGGGUCUAGGCUCAAAGCCACGUUAUAUCAGUGUUGGGUUUUUACUUUUCGGACUUUCAUGUAUCCUGUUUGCUUUUCCUCAUUUCCUGUCUGGGUUGUACAACUCAGGAGUAGAUGAUGGCGGACUGUGUAUACAUGGUGGCUCUGCCACAUCCCCCUACAUGUUCUAUGCGUCUAUGAUCCUAAUGGGAGCUGGAACUUCUCCCCUGUACACGCUGGCGACGGCUUUCAUUGAGGAGAGUGUUCCUGUGCGGUCUUCCUCAUUCUAUCUAGGUAUAUAUUACGGUGCCAGCAUCCUUGGUCCAGCUCUCGGGUUUCUAUUGGGCGGACUAUUACUGGAUGUUUACGUGGAUUUCAAUGUUGUUGACUUGGACAGUUUGACAAUCGAUUCAACAAGUUCCCGCUUUGUAGGAGCCUGGUGGGUCGGUUUUGUAGUGUGUGGAAUGCUCGCUGUUGUCAUUGCUUUCCCUCUAGCAGGCUUUCCGCCUGUACUACCAAAUUCGGCACAAUAUAUGGAGGAACGCACUAAGGAAGUGUAUAAAAACAAGGAUGUAUCGCCUGAAGAUGAAGCUCCUCGUAAAAUCAGUCUCAUUAACAUUUGGAAAUCAUCAAAGCUGCUUAUUACCAAUCCAACAUAUGUGUUCCUCAGCCUAGCUACAGCAACAGAUGGACUUCUGUUGGUUGGCAUUUCCACAUUCAUCCCCAAGUUUAUAGAGAUACAGUUUGGCCUGCCGUCCUCCACUGCUGCGCUCUACGUUGGUUUUGUAGCUGUACCUGGUGGUGCGGGCGGUACCCUCCUUGGUGGGUACAUCAUCAAGAGGUUUGAUAUGCAUGUCAAGAGGAUUAUCCAGGUAACCAUAGCAGCUGUUGCUGGAAGCCUAGUCUUUGGACUCGUACUUAUCGUAAACUGUCCCAGCAUUCCCUUUGCUGGAGUCAACAUCCUUUAUGGCAGCACGGACAUCAAGAGCACAUCGUUCCUGGGAAAUUUUGUGACAGACAGCUGUCACUCAAAUUGUGGGUGUAGCCAGGAAGAGUUCAGUCCUAUAUGUGGGCGGGAUGGAUUGACCUACUACUCCCCCUGCUAUGCUGGCUGUCAGACUGUGGUCAAGGAUGUUGAUAACAUGCAAUACUACAACUGUACGUGCAUAGGAAAUGGUCCGACGGAUUACCAGGCAGUGCUCAACAAAUGUGAACCAGAAUGUCCCUACCUCCCCCUAUUUAUGGUGAUAUUUUUAGGCGUUGUGCUGUUGACGUUUUUCAGCUCAAUGCCUUUCCUUACUGCGAGCCUGAGGUGUGUUCCUCCUAACGAACGGUCCUUCGCACUUGGUAUCCAACUCUGUGUCACUAAAUGUCUGGGGUUCAUUCCCGGACCUAUCCUGUUUGGUUGGCUAAUUGACUUAGCUUGUUUAAUCUGGAACACGAAAUGUGGCGAGGAAGGUUCCUGCUUCUUCUACGAUAAUCAGAAAAUGAGUAACAAUAUUUUGGCCAUAGUCCUUGUUGUCAAAGCGGUAACAACUAUACUGACCGUCAUUGCCUACGUGUGUUAUAUUAAAGGAGAUAAAAGUGAAACAGUAGAACAGCAAGUUAAUGGCAAGUCUGAUGGUGAAUUCUCCUCACAAGAAACUGAAAUGUCUGAAAUUUCCAAGGAUCUUGUGCCAAAUUAUCACAUAGACACUAAGAUAGGUGCUAAAAAUGAAGGAUAUAUGCAUGAACCAAUGGAAAUUGAUACAGGUGAUGUAAAUUUAACAAAAAUAGAACAAGACACUUUAAAUCCGGUGUUUGUCAACCCGUCAAAUUCAGAACCUGUUACAACAAAUACAGAAUCACACACAACUGAACUUUGAUGAAGUCCUACACAAGUCAGAGGCAGUUUUCUUAUCUUUUUUUUUUCCUCCAAUUUUUACUUAUUUUUCACAUUUUUUUUUUUUCUGGUAAUAAUUUAUUUUCUCAUUAUGAAACAGCCAGAUUAAUUAUUUGUAACUUUGCUACUACUCUCAGUACACUUCGUAAUUGAAAUCAUAUUGAGAUACAGAAAUUUGGUCUCUUGAUCAAGUUUCUGCUACCUUACUAAGACUUGUUCCUUAAGGAUACAUGCUACUUUAUCAAGACUUCUCCUUAAGGAUACAUGCUACCUUGUCAAAACUUACCUCCGUAGGGUACAUGCUACCUUCUUAAGACUUUGUCUCCUAAAAAUGGAUGCUACCUUCUUAAGACUUUGUCUCCUAAGAAUGCAUGCUACUUUGUUAAGACUUUGUCUCCUAAAAAUGCAUGCUACCUUGUUAAGACUUUGUCUCCUAAGAAUGCAUGCUACCUUCUUAAGACUUUGUCUCCUAAAAAUGGAUGCUACCUUGUUAAGACUUUGUCUCCUAAAAAUGCAUGCUACCUUGUGAAGACUUUGUCUCCUAAAAAUGCAUGCUUCCUUAUUGAGAUUUUGUCUCCCAAAAAUGCAUACUAUCUUGUUAAGAAUUUGUCUCCUAAAAAAAGGGGGCAGCGGUUAAGGUUAGGUUAAGGUUAAAGUGUGCCGACACUUUAUCACUAGCCCUCCACCUCUUGGUUGCGAGUUCGAAACCUACGUGGGGCAGUUGCCAGGUACUGACCGUAGGCCAGUGGUUUUUCUCUGGAU